GAGCACUGAUCAGUGGCGGUCAUCAGCCUUAAGACUAGAAUAUAAAAGCCUCCACCUCGACAUUGCCGCCAAACACAACUAGUGAUAUUGUCUAAGAUGGUGCAUAAAAUGAUGAUAACUGUCUUUGCGACAGUGUUCCUUCUCUCCUCUUCAUUAGCACUUCCAGUCGAAGAGCCAAGCCCGAUUCAAAAAAAUGAACCAGAACCUGUAGCAGCAACACAAGCAAGUGAUAACCCUCCAGAAUCCCAACCUCUCGAAAAUAAAGAACCUGUAAUACAAGAAUCACCCCCAUCUCUAGGGGGACUAUCACCAGAAGAUGUCCCAGUUCGUUUAGGACCAGUCCUAGAAGGUGGAGAUGCUCCAGUACCCCAAGCCCUGCCUGGUGGCGAUGCUGCAGUACCUCAAGCAGUAGCAAAUCCUGAAGAAAAGUCGGAUUUGGACACCGCCAAUACUUUCUGGGGUGGUUACUAUGGUUACAGGCCGUACUGGGGCGGAUACGGCGGGGGAUGGAGGAGAGGUUACGGUGGAUGGGGCGGAUAUGGCGGAUAUGGCGGUUACGGAAGAGGUUUCGGAGGUUAUGGAGGAUGGGGUUGGGGCGGUGGUUGGGGUGGUCGCCGGUAUUACUGGGGUUAAUUAGUAGUUUAAGUGUACAAUGACGAACUGGCAAUUGAAACGAGACAGAGCUGAGAACUGAGAGUUUUUUAAACGAUUGUACUUAAAAGUAUUAAACUGUGGAUGUAUUUUAGUUUUAAUUUAAACUAGUGUCAUUUUGGUAUUAACAUUUAAAUAAAAAACUGAAACAAGA